UAACACAGUAAGAUGUUAUACUAACACACAGUACGUCAGGACUGCAGAAUGAAUGUAAGAGCAUGUCAGAGUUAAACAUACUCAAAACUAUCUUAAUUAGCUGCACAGAAGUCGUCUUUUAUACUUAGUCAUGAGUAUUUUUGCGCUUGGCAAGCAUUUUAAAUCUAACUGCUGCAUUUUGUGGUCAGACAAAGCAAGAUUUAAUUAUGCUGAAUUGCGUAAAUAGCCAAAUGGAAUAUGAUACACGGGGCUGAUUAUAGCCAUUUUGACAUAAUUGGCACUGGGUGAUGUGGCUGGCAAACAAAAAAUGUCUACAGACACAGCUACAGGCAAUUAGCACAACUACGAAUAGCACAUUAGGGACACAAAAAGUCUUAAAUUAGCAGGAAAAUUUACAAAACAGGUGCAUAAAUAGAGCGAGCUUAUGUUACAAUUAGCUGCUGUGCUUAGAAGUUUCGUGUUAUAAGAUGAGCUGAGAUAAAUCCCUAAACAGCAGCACAGCACCGUUUAUUUAAAUACCAGACCAGUGGCAGGAGACGCUGCUAGCUCCUGGUAAAAACUGUUAUUAAGUGCACAAUAUGUCAUCGACUUUAUGUAUUUGCCUUCGGCUGUCCUGCUUUCCAAACGCUGGCGUCCAUUCAUCACUAAUGUGGAGCGAACAUGUGAUUCUGCUCGCUUUAACUCAGCUGAUCCUUGAGGUUACAUUAGCUGAGAAAUGUAACUGAUGCUGAAACUGUUCACGUAGCCUGUGUCACAUAAAGUGUCUCUGAUUCCUUGUUUAAAUCGAGUGCAAACUAAAGUCAUAGUUCCUAACUGAGUCAGAAUCAAUGAGGCUCUCUUCUCCGUAAUCGACAUUACCACAGGAAGUGAUUGCGUUAGCUGGCUCUGGAACAUCAAUACAUCGUGUUACAUUAAAGAUAAUUGUCACUCCCCCUGUGCCAUAUCACCACUCUGACUAAUACACGGACCACAAAGAAGCUUUCUGAAUGCAGACAGUAGCUUCAGGGAGUGAGGACAGAACUGUCUGCAGAGACUUUCUCACAUUAAACAUUCAUGUUGCUUCUUGCUGUUGGUGAGUUAAAUUCUGCUCAGAAUGCUUUGAUGAUGUUUAUUAGCAACAAUAAAAACACUUUAUACGUUCAUCUUCAUUAACACAGGCUGUUUAAGUAGCCAUAUAAUGUAUACAGUGUACAUCUAUUUCCACCUUUUAUCUGUUUUUGAUUCUCUGAUACAUAUGGAUAUGUAUCUCUUCUACCUCCAGGCUCAUUUGUCCUUUAACUCUUUUGAUGUAACUGAGAUUGAAGCCUCCUUCCACAAGGUGGUGCCCACUUUUAUGCUGUUUAUAGUCUUGAUUUUACUGUGGGUUGAAUUUAAACAUCUGUGCCUAGACUUUUCUGUGGUUGUACAUGGCCGAUUGCUGAAUUUAUUAAUUUUCCGGUAACAUCAGAUAGGUUCAUAGUUGUCUGUGUGUCGUUUAAUGCUUAACUUAUACUGAGAGUGUAUCAUGUCAUGAAGUGAAAAGUUUACUGUCUCCUCUAAUUAGUCAUUAAGAGAUUUAACUCUUCCAUCACAUUAACCUUGUCUCUUUUUCUAGAUGAUUUUGGAGGCAGGGCUGCUCAGUUGAUAGCAUUGUCGCCUCACAGCCUUCCCAAGAACUUUCUGUCUGGAUGUUCUUGCAUGUUCUCACUAUUCCUGCAUGAGUUUUCACCGGGUUCUCCGACUUCCUUCCACGGUCCAAAAACAUGCUGAUGUUAAUUGGUGAUUCUACAUUGGUGUGAAUGUGCAUCCAUUGUUGUGACUCCGUCCACCUGCUAAAGACCAGCGAUGAUCAGACAGCUUUGUCACACACAUAGUCAAAAAUCAAUUCUGGAUCAAAACUUGGAGUCCUCAAAAAUUUUCAGGAAAGAGUCUUCUAGCAGUCUUCAUAGUGUGAUGCGAAUAAUGUUUAUUCAAUACAGAGGCUGUAAGAACAAACAUGAGCAAAAUCUCGAGAUUUUAACCGACUACACAAAGCGUUCCAUCGUCUUAUAUGCAAACUUGUCCUAAACACUCCUCUUCCGUUCUGGAAGGCCACAACCCAUCGUCUUAAAACCCAUUCAGGUUAUAUAUGAUAUAAUUUUAUCAAAAGUUAGACCGCUUCCUUUUUUUUCUGCUAGGUUGGCAUUAUUUCUGCUGAGUUCAGCAUGACCUAGGUUUCAAUUCACGAGUGCAGACGAAGAGAGGGCACACACUUCCCUGUUUCAACGCCUUGUAUGGGCUCCAUAGGCUUCCAUUGGGAUGCUGCUUUCCACAGGAUUAUUUAGCGUAUUCAUAACCUCAGUUGACACAUUGGGUCUUCCAAAGUUAUCAUUGCUUGCUUUUAAAUUUGAUGCACACAUCAUAUUGGUCUGAUUUUAUCAUUUGUUCAUUCUUAAAAUGCCACAACACCGUCCCCCUGAGCUGGGUGGGAUAGGAUCCAGCCCCCCGCGAUCCUACAGAGGACUAAGUGGUGUAUAGAUAAUGGAUGGAUUUGAUUUUGGAUGCGUUUCAUGUCUGUAUUCAACAGUAGCAGUGGAGACAGAGAGAGAAGAAUUGGGAGGAAAGAGUGAAUACCAUGCAGCAAAUGGUCCACCCAGCUGGAAAUCAAAUCAGAGACUCACUGCUCGGGGCUCUCUAACCUCUCUAUCCGGGCAUCGCCUAUUAACUAUUUUUUGGUUCAGAUAUGACAUAUUUUCGGCACUUCUUCUGAGCACAUAGCAUGUAAGUUAUUUUUGUGAGAUACGUUGUUGUUAGUGCUGGUCUUAACUGAGGAUCCUACUGUGUGGAGUGGAGAGAACGUUGGAUUAUUGGAGCCCAGCUUGUGUGUUAGCAGCAUGAUCAAUGCUAAAGAGUGAAUGUGCAUGUUCAUGCAUGUGUCAGGGGUUUGCUUGUGGAUGAGGGUCGCCGUGGUAACAGCUGCUGUAAGCAAAUCUAUAUUCAGCAGCCUUGUACAGAGCGGAAGAGAGCUGAGGUGAGGUAGUGAAAGAAAGGUGGAAAGGAGAGAGAAGUGGGAGUUUUGCUACUACUUAUAAACUGCCCACCUCAUCUUCUACCCUGCAUCAUCUCCUGUCCAAUCACAACAUGACAUCCGCUUCCGUUUCUCCCCAGCAGCUGUAGAGCGUUUCCAAAACUCUUCUCUCCUUCUCACUCAGUCUCUCACAGUGGCGUCCAUGUAGGCGGAGGGUAAUUCAGUCUCUGAGCCUGUUACACAGCAGCUGAGCAGUAACAGUUAGAGAGCUGGAAACUGAAUGGAUCAGUGUUCGGAGCGGCGGUUGUCGGUGCUCGUCGAUCAUCGUGAAGCCACAGUAGGAUAUGGACAGCCCUAGCGUUGAAUGACCUGGAGGACUGGUGCUGUAAGGAAGACAAGACAGUGCUAUGUGCAGACAGAGUGGGCCAGAUGACGAAGACCUACAAUGACAUUGAUGCUGUCACGCGUUUGUUGGAGGAGAAAGAGAGAGAUCUGGAGUUGGCUGCAAAGAUCGGCCAGUCGCUUCUGAAGAAGAACCGAACUCUGACUGAGCAGAAUGACUAUUUGGAGGAACAAGUGGGGCAAAUCACGGAGGAGGUGGCCCAGCUGCACCAUGAGCUCAACCUGAAGGAUGAGCUGCUGCAGUUUUACACCAAUGCAGCUGAGGAGAGCGAGGAUGAGUCCAGCAGCUCCCCAACGGGUAAAAAGACUAAAGUGGAAACAGCUUCUGGAGGCUUUGUGAGUGACACACUCCAGAGGAAACUCAAAGAGCUGGAAGAGGAGAACCUGUCACUGCGCUCGGAGGCUAACCAUCUCAAGUCGGAGACCGAAACCUAUGAAGAAAAGGAGCAACAGCUUGUCAAUGACUGUGUCAAAGAACUCAGGUUGUCCAGCCUCCAAAUCUCUACCAUAGCAGAAGAACUGGCCCGUAAGACUGAGGAUGCUUCGCGACAGCAAGAAGAGAUCACACACCUGCUCUCUCAGAUCGUAGAUCUGCAAAAGAAAGCCAAAUCUUAUGCAGUGGAAAAUGAGGAGCUGUCUCAGCACCUGAUGGCAGCUAAAGAUGCUCAAAGGCAGCUCACGGCAGAGCUCCAGGAGUUGGAGGAAAAGUACUCCGAGUGUAUCGAGAUGCUGCAUGAAGCUCAGGAGGAGCUGAAGAACCUGAGGAACAGAAACUACUCUGCAGGAACCCCCCGCCGCUACCACCCACUGGGGCUGUACCCGAUGGAUUCUUUGGCCGCUGAGAUUGAGGGAACCAUGAGGAAGGAGCUGAGUCUGGAUGACCCUGAGUGUGAAGAACAGAAGAGCCAUCGGAAGCGUGUGUUCGAGACGGUCAAGAACGUUAACCAGACAGUUCGUCAGAGAUCCCUGACUCCAACCAGCGCCAACAUCCCGGGAUCCAACCAGUCUCUGUCAGCUCGAACAUCGCCUCAGUCCAGUGGUCUCUCUACUCCCCACUCCAGUAUGUACGGAGGUGACCUCAGUGGAGACAGCUUCGCCCUUGACAACCGAACACAGAGCAUCCUGAUGGAGACAGCAUCCAAUCAGGACAGCACAGAGGGCCGAGAGAAGAAGUCGACUGGUGCUGAGGACCUUCGGCUGGCCCUCCGUCGUCUGUCUCUGCGACGACAAAACAACUUGAGCGAGAGGCGCUUCUUUGAAGAGGAGCGAGAGCGGAGACGGGGAGGACACACUGGACUCCAGGACGCCCUGGGCCAGGAGAGUGUGUUGACCCCCUCCGAAAGCAUCAUGUCCCUUGGGAACCUCCACCUGUGGGCCUCACGAGGGCCUUACCUCCCCGAUAAACUCCAGAUCGUCAAACCACUCGAAGGCUCUGCCACCCUGCACCACUGGCAGCAGUUAGCUCAGCCUCACCUUGGUGUCAUUCUGGAUGCCAGGCCGGGAGUCGUGUCCAAAGGCUACAGACCGCUCGAACUAGAGCUGGAGCAGGUAUAUCCGUGGGGUGGCUUUGAGGAGGAUGAACCAGGAGAGCAAUACUUCCAGAAUCUGCCCACCUCCUCAGCUUCUGCCUCCCCGGCUGUUCCCUCCACCUCCAGCACGGGCGACACCAACCUCGGGCAGCCUCCAGCCAGCCUCGCCCCACCUUCUCCGCCUUCUCCAUCCCCAUCACCGCAUCUUAGUAACACCGACGCUCUGGCUGCAUACUACCCUGGUAAAUGCAUGGCCCACACCAGCUCUACUUACACCUUUACAACCUGUCGGAUCCUCCACCCAACUGAUGAGCAGACAAGGGUGACGCCAAGUCUAAAUCCAGUCCCUGCAUCGUCCUCCUGCGUGAUGACCAGCACUCUGUUGGGAACUCCCGCUGCUACUCCCUGCACGCCUCGCAGGCUCAGUCUCAGGCCCUCUGAGUCCUCAACUAACCUCAGAGAUGCAACACGCACCACCAGCACCUCCCUGGGCUUAGUGCGCCUUCUCCAGGAGAGAGGAAUCUCAGCAGCCAUGUAUCACCAGAGCCAGGGCCUGGAGUACGGUCAGGGCAGCGGAGGAGUCCUCUUCAGCACCUCCAUCGCCCCAAACCGACCCCCCAAUCCUGACCCUCUGCGGCCCUCUACCCCCCCAAACUCCCCCACAAGACAGGGAGCUUCAGCUGUGCCAACCUCCGCCGGCUUCGACUUCAAGAGUCCCUCGUAUGACAACUUCCUGGCCUCCAAACCGGCCCGGUCCAUUCUGAAGGAAGUGACAGGGGGGAUGAGAGGCCGGCAGAGAGGGAGGGACUGUGAAAGUCAAACGGACGUUAGCGUGACCGUCCACAACCUCAACCUGCUGGACAAGGUGAAGCGGCUGGGUGUCGCUGGAGCUUCGGGGGGCAGAGCAGUGAGUCCUAGCCCCAUCAUGGGGCCUCUGGGGGGACUGCGCAGAUCCGGCUCCCCUUUCGGGCCUGAUGGAAUGAGAAGGAACCGGAGUUAUCCAGGCAUGGUUGGAGCCAGCAUGGCCAUGAAAGCCCCGGGGCCUCAUGAGUAGUCUGGACUGCUGCUGGCCAGGCAGGGCGAAGGACCGGCUGCUGAGCAGUCAGCUGGAGCCCCAGCACGGACUGACGAGGUUCAUACUGUACGACUACAACAUGGUACUACUGACCCAUUUCCACCUGGAUGCUGUCCUUCUUCCCUCUUCAGUGCUUUUAAGUGGCAAGUCACGCUUAAAAUACAAGCAAAAUAACGAAGGAUUAGUUCACCCAAAAUACAAAAGACGUACACCAGUCAGCCACAACAUUAGAACCACUGACCUGAUAUUGUAGAUGUAGUGGGGCACAAUGUCCUAAACCUUGGUCAACAACUAUGUUUAGGUCAGUGGUACAUGUCAAAGUAACACCCAUAUGAAUGCCAGGACCUAGAGAUAAUCAAUGAUAUUUAUUUUACCUGUCAGUGUUUUAGUCUUGCAGCUGAUUGGUGUAUUUUUUGACGUCCCUCUCCCGGUAUGGAGCCAUAUAUGCACACUGGUUUUUGCUUUUUCUGCCUGGAUUUUGCAAUAUCUCUAAAAUGAAUGCUUGAAUCAGAGAUUUCUAAGUACCCACAAACACAUUCAAAAAGGUUUGCAUCGUUUUCACUUCAAUAUCUGGACAAUGGUUUCAUAAAUUGCAGUAAAAUCUGGCACAGACAUGCACAAGCCCUUUAAACAGAAUUUUAAUCAUUUUGAUGAUCCUCUGGUUAAAUGUCCAUUCUUAGCAUUUUAACGCCCCAAAUUAAGAUGGUGAACUGUACCAGCUAAAUAAUUUUCAUGUCCCCUACCUUCUCUCUCAGAGCUAGGUUGACUCUCAGAUACGCCGAUAUUAAAAAAUCUGGACACACAAAACUAAGUUUAUGUAAUUUAAUUUUUUAUAAUUGGGUGAAGUGACCCAUUAAAAUGAGAGUAUAUUGAAAUGAGAGCGACUGAGAUCACUCAGAUGCCUGCUUUGGAGACUGACUCUGCUGGCUAGAUGUAGUACUCCCACUCUUGCCUUUUCUGAAGUGCAUCCACAAAAUCCCACACACAUCCGGACAUGCACAGGUGCACACUGCUAGAUCUUCCAUUGCACUGGCUGGGCUAUUUGUAGUCGCUGUAGCACGACUAGACCAUGCUUUUCUUAUUCAGUAUGAUGGGAUUAGGAUCCACAUUUUAUAACUGAUGAAAACUUUUACACCAAAUUCAUAAAAUCUGCCAUGUCCUCCCUCCCUCUCGUACCCUUACCUUAAUCCCUCUUGAAGUGAUUAGGUUUGAGUCUGACACCAGUACUUUCAGCAAAUCACUACAUAGAUUUUAUGUCAGUAUUAAAGAUACGCUGGUUUAGUUUCUUAAAUGGCCAUUAGACGGGGAAGUUGAUGGUGCUUUCACUGAACUGGACGGAUCAAUACGUUGAAGCCACAGCUCACAAAGAGCACAGAGAGAGAUGAGGGGCUAAUCAGCCUUCACGGUCGGAAGCUUUUGGACAUUUUUCUUAAGGUUUUGUCGGAGAAAUGAAGCAAAAUAGUGCCUCUCAGCCUUUUGUGUUUGAUGAUUUAUGUCUCUCAUGCAGCUGUGAAGUAGCUCACACGACUAUAGUUGCACUUGUAUUUAUUUAUUUUUAAAAUCCUACCCUUAAUUGAAGCAAUUUUUCCUGAAAAUCACAUUGUCUUACACACUGUAUAUACUGUUCAUUGUCACUGAAAUGUCAGCAAUGGCACACUUAUAAAUGAACUGUUAUGUGUAAGUGCAUAACCAAGAACCACACGUCACUGUAAGUUUUGGGGUGAGCAUGUAAUCAGGGGUUUUUUCCAAAUAAAUAGUCAUCAAACAAUAACUAA